UUGCUCUCGCUUCAGAUAAAGCGGCAUGCACGCCCCCGCAGUGGAUUUUGUCCGGGGAGAAUGCGUUAAGAGUCAGGCGAGGACAGCUGGAAGUUAAUUUGUGACAACACUUUGAACAGCUUCAGGUUUUAACCGACAGCACAAUGGCAGGACUCAAGUACUUGAGCGGGUUUGGGAACGAAUUCUCCUCUGAAGACCCCCGCUGUCCUGGAUCUUUACCUGAAGGACAGAACAGUCCUCAGGUCUGUCCCUACGGUCUUUAUGCUGAGCAGCUCUCUGGCUCUGCCUUCACCUGCCCGCGGCCAGCCAAUAAGAGGAGCUGGUUGUACCGCAUCUUGCCGUCUGUCAAACAUAAGCCUUUUACCCCUCUGCCCUGUGGAAAUCUAACGGAGAACUGGAACGAAGUGGAGCCUGACCCAAACCAGCUGCGAUGGAUGCCAUUCACCAUCCCCAAAUCUACAGACAAGAAAGUGGACUUUGUGGCUGGUCUGCACACUGUCUGCGGUGCUGGAGAUGCCAAAUCCCGCAACGGCAUUGGCAUCCACAUCUACACCUGCAACACCUCCAUGGCUGACAGGUGCUUCAACAACUCAGACGGAGACUUUCUGAUUGUCCCCCAGCAGGGUGAGAUCUUGAUCACCACAGAGUUCGGGAAAAUGAUGGUCGAGCCAAACGAGAUCUGUGUCAUCCAGCAAGGGAUGCGCUUCAGUGUGGAUGUGUUCGGAGAAACCAGAGGGUAUAUACUGGAGGUGUACGGGGCCCAUUUUGAACUGCCUGACCUGGGACCCAUAGGAGCCAAUGGUCUGGCCAACCCAAGAGAUUUCCUGUGUCCAGUUGCCUGGUACGAGGAUCGCAAGCCGGCCGCGGGUUACACCGUCAUCAACAAGUACCAAGGAAAGCUUUUUGCCUGCCAACAGGAUUUCUCUCCUUUCAAUGUGGUGGCUUGGCAUGGGAACUACACACCAUACAAAUACAACCUGAAGAAUUUCAUGGUUAUCAACUGUGUGGCCUUCGACCAUGCGGAUCCAUCGAUCUUCACUGUGCUGACUGCCAAAUCCACACGACCAGGUGUGGCCAUUGCUGACUUUGUGAUCUUCCCCCCUCGCUGGGGUGUGGCUGACCACACCUUCCGUCCUCCAUACUACCACCGCAACUGCAUGAGUGAAUUCAUGGGUCUAAUCAAAGGCCACUAUGAAGCCAAAGAGGAGGGCUUUCAGCCAGGAGGGGCCAGUCUCCACAGCAUGAUGACCCCACACGGGCCGGACGCUGAAUGCUUUGAGAAGAACAGCACCGCUCAGCUCAAACCUGAGAGAGUCGCUGAGGGCACCAUGGCUUUCAUGUUUGAAUCAUCCUUCAGUAUGGCAGUGACCAAGUGGGGUCUACAAACAUGCCAGAGGCUUGACAAGAGCUACUACCAGUGCUGGGAGCCUCUUCGUAGCCACUUUAAUCCCAACUGGAAGCCCAGCAAACACUAGAGUAAGAAAGAAUUGACUGACAAUGAUAAAAAUCAGAAUUUCAGUUCAUUAAACGUAACUACAAUGAA